CUUGGUCCUGCAACGGUGUCUCGUGCGGAGCAGUGGUGUGCGCCCGGGGGCUGUCGCGCGAGGGUUGCAGGCGUGAGUGGGGUCCGCGGGUCCGCGCAGCAUGGCGCACAUGCUGGAGGAUCUGUAUGUCCCUGUGGAGGUGUUGGGCUGCAUUGCCUCGCACUUUGACGCCGCGGCGACUCUGCUCGCCUUUGAGUGCGCCGCCUCGUCCUGUCGGCGUGCGACUGCCGGCGCGUGGCGCAACUUGACGCUCUCGCGCUUUCCGCGCGUGGAGGAUAUCCUGCGCCUAUCUCCCAUGCCCGCUCCCUCAUUCAGAGAGCUCUUCCGCCGACAAAUCGCGGCGGCGCUGCCGCCGCCCCGGCCGAGCCUCGCCGACUUCAUCCUCAGCGUUGAGCUCUCGGUCGACGGAGAAAUGACGCACUCCUGGACAGGGCCCUACUGGGAAAGCGGCCAGGGCGAAGGCGGAGCCGCCCCGCGCCUCUGGCCCGGCGAGCCGCCGCCCUGGUUCAGGCCGUUCAUCGCGAUUAGCAAAGACAACGACCACCUUGUCUCCCGUGAUGGCGCUGAAGGGUGGGCCGUCCCAGCCGCCCUCGCCGAGGCGUACACGUGCACGGUGACGGUGACGCACGCGCUUCGCUCGGCGCGGCUCUACAGCGGCCGCCCGUCCCUCGUCUGCGCGUCGCGCGACGACUGCGUCGUCUUUGACGAGCGGCGCCUGCCGCCUCUCUUCUCGCCGCCCGAUCCCUCGUCUUGGCAGGACGAGGAGCAGGAGGCGGGUUUCUCCCUCGUCCGCGUCGACCCGGCCCACGACGUCAGGUGCAGGGCGCACCUAAGCCACGCCGGUGGCCGCGGCGCGGGGGGCGGCCACCUCGAGCUCGACUUUGGCAACGAGACGGGGCGGCUCAACGGGCGGCAGGCGCUGCUCGAGUACCUGCUCCUGCUCACCGCGCGGGUGGCGGGGUAGCGGCGGGGGGGGGAGAGUCGCACACACGCUCCUGCCGCAUGCGCUAGCGCGCACCACCGACGGCCGCAGACCCCCACGAACGGCUACCCCCCCACACCGCCCGGCCGUGAGCGGUUAUAUGUCAGUACACGAACGCAAGUAGCGACUACGGCGUCUGAGUAC